UACUUGUGUGUCAAGCGUCGGUCUGGUAAUACGCUGACACUCCUCGUCGCCGUCACCGUGAUCGUCGCAACCGCUCCUCACUACGGUUGGCAAUCACCUGGGACCAGCCCUGUCCGCCCUUUUAUUUGUUGCUCCCGUGCAAUCAAGGCGACAUUGCUCGUCACAUGA